CUUUUUUUAAUUGUUCUUGUUAACUUUUGAUUCUAUUCUAAUGUUCAUCAGUGGUAUUUAAUUGAUUCUCUGUUGAACGAUUUUGAGAUUGUUCUCCAAAUCGGUUUUCUUUUUAUUCUCUUUUAAUUUGUUUGUGUCUACCAACGAGAAGAUUUUUGGUGUUUUCUUUCUGUAAUAAGAAACAAUUGGAAUAAUUUUCUUCUCUUUUUCUCUCAUCAUGGUUAAAUUAAGUGAAUUAUCUGAUAAACAAUUGGAUCCCAGAGAAUGUCAAUAUCGUUUAAAUGGUAAAAUUCGUAAAAUUAUAUCAAAAUGUUUGGAUAAACAGGAUGAUCACGAUGAUUGUGAUGAUGAAAAUAAAGAUUUAGCUUUGGAUAAAUUGAAAACAAUUAUGGACCAAGAGGAAGGAAAUAAGCAAAUGGUUUCUUAUGAUGAUCUUACCGAGAUACAUAAAUGUUUACAACAUUUAGAUUCAACAUAUCAACUGUUUUUCUAUCAACUAUUGGAGGAAACAAAUACAAUCAUCCCAAAGAACAAUAAAGCACCAGAAUUGAAGGCUCGAUUGGCUCGAUUAAAGUGUGAAGCCGCAGCUAAAGAGUAUAAAGCGAUGACCGAUGGUAUUAACCUGGUACCUUCAAAUUCAAAGCAAAAUCAGGCCUCAGCUAAUUCAAUCAACGAAGUGAGACAAAUUAAAACUCUAAUCACCGCCUUAAUCAAUGGAGUUAUGGUCGUUUUUUGUUCAUUCUUUUUCGUUUACAAAGCGGUUGAAUAUUCACUUCCACAGCCUAACAUCAAUGUCCAAAUUCUGGUCGCCAUUAUUGUCACUUCAAUCAUCGCCAUUGCUGAACUUUACUUCUUCAUCAGGGUUAUGUGAAUACACCCACGAAUCUACCCAGAGAAUUCCAUACACUUAAAUGUCUUCUAGUCUUUAAUUCAUGGAAAUAAUUGAUUCGUUUUCCCGAUGGAUUUCAUGAUAGAUUCAUAAGAUUGGACUUUCUUUCUCGUUCUUCUAAAGAAAGGAACAAUUAUAACUCUCACCAUGAUAAAUUUUCCACCCUGAUUCUUAAAAUUCCAUUUCAAUGUUAAUUUAUUCAAGAAGAAAAUUCUGAACCUGAUUGUUCAUAAAUUCACUUUCUCCAUGAUUAUUGUGAUGGUUGUUUAUUUGGACAAGCGAUCUAAUUGAAUCACUAAUUUUACCUCUUUAAUCUUGGUUUCAUUCACCUCACCAUGAAAUUAUCAUUUUCUUAUGAAUCAACUUAAUCAUCGCAAAGAUUUUCCUUCAAUCAAUCAAUCAAACAAUUCAAGAUGACUUACAAUAUUCAAGUAAUGCAGCAAACAAACAAAAAACAAGAAGCCUCACCAAUCAUGUUGAAAAAUUGUAAAUCAAAUCACAAUUAACUUGAUGAUAAUAAUGAUGUAUCAUCAUUUAAAUUUCAUCUAAUCAAUAUUAAUCUUAUUAUUAUUAUAUUCAUUCAUUGCCCUAUCAGUUUAAAGUAUUACAUGUAAUAAUAAUAAUACAAUUGAACAUUGAUGAUCAGCUAAUCAUGAAUGAAUAUUUCCAAUUGAUUAGUGUUAAUUGUUCAAUUUUAACUUAAUUAUUCAUGGGAGUGCAAAUUAAAUCUAUCCGGUUGAAAAGUUA